AUGGCUUACAACGGCUACAAUGGCUUCAACGACGAUGUUAUGGACGGGGUCGAGACCUCUGGCCCUAAAGUCACAGUCGAACCAGAUCGCUGCGACUUUGUUCUACAGUCAUGCUCUCUCGCUCUCGCCAACUCCCUCCGUCGCGCCAUGCUUGCUGAAAUCCCUACCAUCUCGAUCGAUCUCGUGGACAUUACUACAAAUUCCUCUGUUCUGCCUGACGAAUAUCUCGCGCACAGACUGGGCCUUGUGCCUCUAAUCAGUAAAGGUGUGGACGAAAGCCUCAACUAUGGCAGGGAUUGUGAUCGCUGCGACGACCACUGCGAGUACUGCUCGGUUGUCCUCCGCCUGCACGUCCGAUGUUCUCAAGCCGGCACGAUGCUGGUACAUGCUAACGAUCUCAUCGUCGCGAACCCUCGUCAAGACGGUAUCGGUCGGCCAGUCAUCCGUGAUGCUAACGGCACCGGACCACUGAUCGCCAAAUUGAGACAAGGUCAAGAAAUUCAGCUGGAAUGCAUCGCGAAGAAGGGAAUUGCAAAAGAGCACGCAAAAUGGGCACCCACAUCGGCAGUGGGCUUUGAAUAUGACCCCAACAACAAGCUGCGCCACGUCGAUUACUGGUACGAGACCGACGCCAAAGAAGAAUGGCCGGUGGACGAGCGCAAUGCCACGUGGGAGGGGGAUGAAUCGGCAGCCGACGCCGCCUUUGAUCCAGAUGCUGUCCCGAGCGCCUUCUUCUUUGAAGUUGAAGGCAUCGGCACCCUUGAACCGGACGACAUUGUGCGCGGCGGAAUCGACGUGAUCCAGAAGAAGCUCGCCGAGACCAUCAAGGUCCUAGGAGGUGCAGAGGCUGCUGGUGUCGACGCGAUGAAUGGUCUCCAAAGCCCCGAUGGCUACGAGCCGGCUCCUCCAAAUGGAGCAUUCAGUUCAUACGGUGGUCUCAGGGGCGGCACGACACCUUAUGGUACAACUCCUUACGGCGCUGGUGGUUACGGAUCCUACUAG